GUGUUUCCUGCAGAGUGACUCUUUCCCUGCAGAGUCCCAUGUGGAAGUCUCAUCGUGCAGAGCUAAGCAGCAUGGCUCCGGUGUGGAAUAACUUGUUGACGUUUUCCCUUCUCUACAAACAACCUGCGCAUCCUGCUAUCCCGUCAACAUUGCAUCCACAAAUCCAGAAGAAGUCCCAGUACAUCAAGUAUCUGUGCUGCGAUGACGUCAGGACCCUGCACCAGUGGGUGAAUGGGAUUCGCAUUGCCAAGUAUGGUAAGCAGCUAUAUGUGAACUACCAGGAAACCAUGAAGAGGACAGAGGCGGCCUACGAUUGGUCCUCUCUCUCGACCGCCAGCAUCCGAUCAGGCUCCAGCUCCGCCAGCAUACCUGUCCUCACCUCCUCACUGGACUCAGAGCUGGAGCUGGAGGAAGAGUCACGGCCACAUUUGAGAGACACCACCUGGGUGGAGUUGGCCCGACACUCGAAGCCGACUGGAGCAGGAGAAGGUCGGCUGCAGCGAAGGAGGAAAGGAUGAGUGCAGAGUUUCUGGAACAAAUCUGAGGACGGCCGGGUUUCUUCACUUCUUCUCUUCUUCCUCCACUCGUGUGGCUCACCUGGUAGGGCAGGUGCACAGUGAGCCAGGAAGGAUCCUAGAUGCCAGGGUUCGUAUCCCCCUUGCGGCUGCAGUGCUGCUUUUCAGGACCAAAAAAAGCAAAAAUUUGGGAAAAAAAGCUAAAAAAAAAAGAUUUUCUGCAAUUUUUUUUAUCCUGAUCUACUCGUUCUGCUCUCCUACGCUACCUCCCUUACCUGCCUCUCCUACCUCCCUUACCUGCCUCUCCUACUAUUAUCCUACGCUACCUGCCUCUCCUACUCCACGUGACACUCCUACGCUUCCUGCCUCACUUACUAUGAACUACCUGCCUCACUUACUAUGAACUACCUGCCUCAUCUACUACGAACUACCUUCCUCAUCUACUGUGCACUAACUGCUGCAGCUACUCUGCCUAACUCAGCUACUCCGAGUAUCGAACCCCGUACAUGCUAAGCGACAGACCCAAACUCGACACCAGCGCCUUAAUGCCGAGAACAGACCCAAUCCGGCCACCAUCACAUGUACAUGAAGACCUGUGCUCCGGGCGCAUUUAUCUUCUUCAUUUUGAGUAAAGCACUUUAAAAAUCACUAUAGCUCACGAGGACUCGAACACACAACCUCAGGUCUUCUGACCUGACACUUAUCCCUCUGAGCUAUCUGUCCUGAGAUGAUUAUGUUUCGAAGAGCUUAUGACCGGUUCAUUUGGGAUUUUGAACCUUAAAGAUUACUGCACCUGAAAAGCCUUGAACCCACAACCUUCUGUCUCACAGUCUGUGUUCUAUCCCUCUGAGCCACUUGACCAGUGACUGCUACAUUUAAUUUGGUAACUUAAUUCUCUGCUUUGGAUGGUUAGACUUAGAAAAUGCAUGGACCUCACAGGUAUCGAACCCAAGACUCCUGCUCACCUGAGCAGCAUUGUAUCCAACUGAGCUAUUUCAUUUGUGAAAGUCUUAGGUUGUUUGGUAGAUUAUGUCACAAUGACAAUGUAAAAAAGGAAAUAGAACAAGUUAUUGUGCAUUGCAUCCAAUAAAACUAUCCUUGUAAGUAUGUCAUACAAUUGUGCCACCAACAUUUUAAAAUGAAAAACUCUUCUCUAGGCUUUUUUCACACCAUUUUGGAUGUUUUACCUGAAAACCAGUGCAAAUAAAUAAGAUUGAACCCACAACCUCCAGUCUUCAAGGCAGUGUUUCUUCCCAGUGAGCCAUUUGACCUGGGCCAAUAAACUUUUGUUUGGUAAUGUAAUUCUGCACUUUGGGUGUUAAACUUCCAAAAAUCUAUGCACCUCAUGGGGAUCGAACCCAACACUUCAGCUCACCUGAGCAGCGUUGUAUCACCCUGAGCUAUUAGAUUGAGACAGUGACCUGUUGUUUGGUAGAUUAUGUCACAAAUAAAAAUGUAAAAAAGGAAAUCAAAUAAGUCAUAGUGCAGUCCAUCUGAAAAAAACUGUCCUUAUAAGUAUGUCACACAAUUGUGCCACCAACAUUUUUAAAUGAAAAACUCUUCUCUAGGCUUUUUUCACACCAUUUUGGAUGUUUUACCUGAAAAACCAGUGCAAAUAAAGAGGGUUGAAUGAAGAACCUCCAGUCUUCAAGGCAGUGUUUUAUCCCAGUCAGCCAUUUGACCUGGCCCAUAUGUGUUGCGUUUGGUAAUAUAAUUCCACACUUUGGGUCUUGGACUCCAGAAAAUCCCUGCACCUCAUGGGGAUCGAACCUUAAACCUCAGUUUACCUGAGCAGCGUAGUAUCACUCUGAGCUAUCAGAUCUGAGACAGCCAAUGGUCAUUGUCCAACUGUCCAAGACUUUGUUUCAAAAAGGAAAUGUAAAAAAAAGCAAUUGCAUAGUUGCUUCUGAAAAACUUGUGGACGUUUUCAGCCUUGGGGAAGUAUAGCAGACUUAGCAGCCUUAAGGGACGUAUAGCAGACUUAACAGACUAUCGAUGUGGCUGCAGUGAGAGCCCACAGCCACUUAGCAGACUUAGCCGACUUAGGGCGGUGGCUGGGGGGUGCCGAGCGGCCCCCCCCCAGCCACGUCAGCCCCCCCGACUUAGCAGACUUAGCAGGCCUACAGACUUAGCAGACUAUCGGCAGUGACUGCAGGGCCCUGCACAGGAGUGCAGUGAGAGCCGGCAGCCACCUAUCGGCCGCUUAUUAGACUUAGCAGACUUGGGGACGUUUAGCAGACUUAGGGACAUUUAGCAGACUUGAGGACGUUUAGCAGACUUGAGGACGUUUAGCAGACUUGAGGACGUUUAGCAGACUUGGGGACAUUUAGCAGACUUGGGGACAAGGCUGCACUGCUAUGUAUGAAUAAAAUGAAUAAAUGUGAAUAAAGCAAAAGUUUCUUAAAAUACA